UGACCCGCUUUUUUUUCUAAAGUGCAUGUAGUGCCAAGCCCUCCACCUUUACAAAUAAGAUAAGAGCAGUGCUGCAAGAACUCUCCUGGCAUCGUGGUAAAUACAUUUGGUACAUUUGACUUUGGGCACAAAAUGGACCAGACGAUAGAAAAAGACAACCCGCUACCGGAGAGGAAAGAUCCUAAUGACGAAGAAGGGGGGAUUCGCCGCAGGCUGAGAGACAGAGACCUCCUCAAGAAAAGGAAGGCUGAGGCAGAAGAGAAAGCAACUAACCAGUGGGUUUAUGGAGCCCAGAGUAGAAGGAAGCGAGAGCGACGAGAAGAGAGGAGCGGCACAGGUAAGAAGGGCCGGCCCAGGAAGGUUAACGCUGCAUCAGAGGCAUUGGUGCCUCAGGAAGAGAUCCCUCCUGCAGAUGUGCUCCCUGCCCCAGUGGUUGAGGUUAAACCUUUGCCCAUCUUCCAAGCAUUGCCUCAGGAAUAUGAGGAGCCCAAGGUACCUCCUGCUGCCACAACUCUCCCUGUGCCAGUUCUGGGUCUGAAUCCGCUCCCAGGCCCUGUUUUUGCCCCAGGCCCUCCCAGCCCUGCACCUGCACCAGCACCUGCACUUGCCCCUGCUCCGGCCCCGGCCCCAGCUUUGGCUCCUGCCUCUGGUUUUGCCUUCUCUCCGGCAGUGAAGGCCAGUGGGUCUGCAGAGGAGGUCUUCAUUGAAGACUUGGGGCCCGAUGAGGAAGAGGAUCUUCCGCUGCCUCAAGGGAACCUAAUCAUUGAUCAGGGCACAAGUGAAGAGCCUCCCGCUGAUGUCCCUGAACAGAAGACGUUUUCAUACCCGCUGUUUGCUUCUCCACCACCUCAGCAAGAAUAUCUUCCAGGCAAUUUCAUAUAAAUGCAGUAUUUUUCUUUUCAUACAUAGCCUUUAUAUCAAAUGAACAACGAGGAAAAUACAUGUCAAUCAAAUAGAGCUAGGCAAUAUUGUGAAACAAGUCUUACUUUUGUUUUUUAAAAAUACUUGAUGUUGAUGUGCCUGUAAAAAUAUCUGAAAAUAAAAAAUUGUGCAAAAAGAAGAAAUAAACUUUUUAUAGUUAUUUUGACA